AUGGUCUUCCAACUCCCUCAUCAUCUUGAGGCUCUCCGUUGUAUGGUUACUGAAAGGCUAUGGGAUGGCCAACACGGUAGAGAGCCGAUGCAUGACCUUAUGAGUGAAAUCAUGGGGUACUGUGGACCACUAGGGGUGAUACGGUGGAGGUCCCAAAUGGUGUACGCUGGUCGUUGGUGCGCACGCAAGGGCUUGAUCGGUUGCUCAUGCGUGAAGAUCAUCGCUUAG